GGUCGGUGAUACUCAUGAAGAGCUUCUUCGAUUCAAUCGUGACAAAUAUCAAGUCCGCCAAGGUCGGAAAAUAGGAACACAAACCCGGCGGCUUGGUCUUCAUAACGGAGAAGCCUCGAUACCUUGAAGCUAUGCAAGGAAGCUAUGUGACGAUCCCACCAGAAGAGACCAUAGAUCCCAAUCUUUCAGCUGAGCAGAGGCUGAUGAAUGGCUUGGAUAAAUAUGCCCCUGAGGUCCCGCUCAUUAUCAGCAAACUACAAAAACUGUUGUGGAAAGACCUGGUCUCCAAGGUCGAGGUCGUCAGCAUCCUCGUGAAGAAUUGCGGUCGCCCCAUAAUCCGCGUCGGACCAAAUAACGCCCGAACGUCAUCCGCCCUUCGGGCACACCCAGUCCUCCGCGUGACCCUCAUCGGGGGCGAAGCCUACGCCGUCGAUCUUGCCGGCUUCCGCUUCGGCUGGCACGAGUUGGUGAUGCGCUGGAAACACUACGCGCAGCAUCGCGUGUACCUGGCUUUCCCGGCCAAGCCGCUCGGCAAUAUCCGCAGCUUGAAGAUGUCGCCGGACAGCCCAGGCUUCGCGAUCGCCAUGUUCCACCGCAGCAUCUUGCGGUUCGCCGCCAACCGCAUCCGGGAGAAGUAUUGCAGUGACGAUUCCCCCGUGGACCUCUCUGCCUUCCUGGGAACCCGCGACCAGGCCCGGUGGACAAGCGAAGCGCUGUCUCUCGUAUCUGCCGUAAAAGAAGAGUGCAAGAGACGCGCCGCCCCCCCCUCGGGGGGCUCGGACCGCGGCUGGCUGUACCUGACGGAGAACGGAGAAGUGCGCAUCAGCUUCACCCGACUUGACUACCACAUCCUCUGCCCGGUCUAGCUGACCAGGGAAGAAGCGGCGCAGCAUGAGGGCAAGAGCACGGAGGCGCUUAUGGAGAUCUGGAGGGCCCGCCUCCAGGGGCAUGGCCUCAAGUUUAAAGAUCCCGCGCCGUCAAAGCAGGAGUUGGAACAAGGUGUUUCGGUUUUUGAGGGCUUGGGUGAUGAUUCUGCGUCUGCAUCCGCAUCUCCACCUGCAGCUAUGCUUGAUGGUGAGCAAUACCCUUCAAGUUCAGCUGAAAGCAGCUAAGCAUGGAAAGGGGAUGGGUAGUCUUUAGUCAAGCGUGGAGUUUAGGAAAUACCCAUCUGGAUUUCAGGCAGGCAUGUUUCGCUUUUGUGUGUGUGUAAUGGACUGUACACUACCUAGGGAUGGGUACAAACCCAGGAUACGAGAAAGUCCCUUUAUAUUCAAGACAAUAAUUAAUUACCCUAGGCAGAUACCUUCGUAAUGACUACUAUAGGUAAAUAAUAGAAACUCAACACGAAA